AUGCUGGCAGACGGUGAGAUAGUUGGUGACGGAUCAUGGAACCUCACGAUCUAUGUGACGGACUUGAACGAGAAGCGUACUAUGGUCGUGAAGGGAGAUAUGCACAUUGGUGGAGUAAUGCUGAAGUUGACGGAAAGCUUCGACUUCAAAAAGGAUUGGUCGGAUCAUGCACUUUGGUGGCCUACACGAAAUAAAUGGCUUUCCCGACCAAAGCACACCCUGGACCAGUAUGGUGUCCACGCAGACGCUGCCCUGCAUUUCACGCCAAUGCACAAACCCCUCAGAAUACAAUUACCUGACUUGAGGUAUAUAGACUGCAAAAUUGACUUCUCAAUCGACACAUUCAGCGCCGUUGUACAACUCUGUAAAAGCCUUGGUAUACGGCACCCAGAAGAGCUAUCGCUUUGCUAUCCACUCGAGGCUUCCCACUUAAAACAGAACUAUCAAAAUUUGAAAGAAGCGAAAAAGAUAAAAUCUGUCCAAGCACCAGACACAAAUACAUUUAUAGCAGCCACGAGAGGCUCAUCCAAUAGCCUGGACAGGUCCAUAGCUUGCCCAGCCACGCCGCCACCGCCACGUUCAUUGUCAGCCACACCGGUGGCGUCACAACAGAAUGGCACUCUCCGGCGCUACGGGGGUCACAUUUACAGCACACAAAGCGACGGCUCAAGUGACGGGGGUUAUUGCGGGACUCCCCCGAGGGCGGCAUCGAUGGAUGCUUUAGACUCUCUCGCUGAUCUCUCAUUGGCAGAUUCCCCACUUGAACCCGACAGUCAGUCUCGAGAGUCUCUAUUGACACCGAAAUCUUUGAUGGAACGCGCUAGAAUGAAUGUUGGAUGGCUAGAUUCAUCAUUGUCAGUAAUGGAGCAAUACGUACGUGAAUGGGACACUUUGCAACUGCGUUUCAAGUUCUACUCCUUCUUCGACUUGACCCCAAGAGCUCAGGACGCGCCACGGUUGAACCAACUCUACCAACAAGCGCGUUGGCAAAUACUGAACCAAGAAGUACAUUGUACUGAGGAAGAGAUGCUGCUGUUUGCAGCUCUACAGCUCCAAAUCGAACUGCAAACGCUAGCCGGUGGCGGUAUAGACGCUAACGACGGCUCCCACGGUGCCAGCUCCACCACAGCGCCGGAAGACGAGAUAGACGCGGCACUCAGCGAGCUGCAAGUGCAACUCGAGGGCGGUCCCCCGGCACGGCCCGAUAUUACCCACGUGCCGGAGCUGGCGGGAUACCUGAAGUAUAGAGGGAAGUGUCACAGCGAUAACUGUAUGAUCUCUCGUCAACGUUUCACUCUCCGUGCAUACAAACGUGGUUGGGUGUCGUGUCGCGAUGGCAUAUUGCGCAUACACUCGUCGCGCGAAGCGGCCGCAAAAGGCGACACGCCUUCCUACGCCGUAGAGCUGCGGGGUGCUGAGGUAACUCCAGAUGCACAUCCGGCGUCUGGCAGAUAUGGCAUUAAAUUGGAAGUGCCCGCAGAGGACACUAUGCAUGAGAUGUGGCUUAAAUGUGAAAAUGAGGAUCAGUACGCGGAGUGGGUGGCGGCGUGCCGGCUGGGCGCGCGCGGGCGCUCGCUGGCGGACGCGGCGUUCGGCGCGGAGGCGGCGGGCGUGCGCGCGCUGCUCGCGCUGCAGCGCCCGCAGCCCGCCGCCGCGCUGCACCAGCACAGCGUGCCGCACCUCGACCACCUGCAGCCCGACAACUACCUCGCGCCGCGAUACCUCAAGAAGCUCAAGGGGAAGUUCACACAAAGAGUAUUGGAGAGUCACGCCAAUGUCAAAGACCUUCCAUUAUUGGAGGCGAAACUCCAAUAUAUAAAAACGUGGCAGAACCUACCCGACUAUGGCCAAACGCUAUUCGUAGUGCGCUUCAUGGGACACCGCAAGGACGAGAUCAUCAGUAUCGCCAACAACCGCAUCAUGCGACUCGAUCCGAGUACUGGAGAUCAUAUUAAGACUUGGCGUUAUAGCACUAUGAAGGCCUGGAACGUGAACUGGGAAAUAAAACACAUGAUGGUACAAUUUGAGGAGGGCAACAUUAUAUUCUCAGUACAGUCGGCUGAUUGCAAAGUGGUCCACGAAUUCAUUGGAGGCUAUAUCUUCCUAUCCAUGCGGUCUAAAGACGCAAAUCAAAACCUUGACGAGGAACUAUUCCACAAACUGACUGGAGGAUGGACG